AUCAUUGUUUCAAAGCAACUAGAGAUAUUUUUGAAGAAUACAAAAUAAAAUAAAAAAUAUAUUUAUUGAAAUUUUUGAUUAAUUUUAUUUAAAACUUGAUUUGUGCAUCAUCGGCAAGAAAUUAACAACGAACUUACUGGCAAAAAAGGAAAUUCAUCGCAGGAAAUGGAUUCAGACGAUUCACUUGAUUCGUCAAGUUCAGAUUCGAAAAACGAUAAUCAAAAUGACGGACCUGCAAGUCCUGCAUCAAUGCACUCAGCCCGCUCAAAUAACAGCCAAUCACAGAGUUAUGGAUUUCAAUCUCGUUCUCGUUCACCAACACCAAACGAACCAAGAUCACCAUCAUUUGAUUCACGAUCACAAUCACCCUCAUCUCCAGCAAGACCAGUUUCAAAAUCACCAAUUAACAAUGACAAUAGAUCUAAUUCUGCAUUAUCUCUGAAUUCAUCACAAAUGGAUCAUUCACGUAGUCCACCGAAUGGUGAUCGAAUAUCCCGUAAUACUGUACGCAGUCCGGAAAAACAUUUUUCUGAUCGUGAUUCGGUUAAAUCAUCUAGAUCGAUAAAAUCACCAGGUUCUGACAGAAGGUCUAUUAAAUCAGCGCACGAUCGAUCAUCUUCUAGAGAAUCUGUUAAAUCAAAUGAUUCGAAUCAAUCUCGAUCAAAAAGUUCGAUGAAAUCUGUUAGCCCAGAUCGUGAACGUUCUAGAUCAAUCAGUUCGAAUAAAUCAUUAAGAGGAAGAUCACGAUCAGUCAGUUCAAAUAAAUCGAAUCAAGAACGGUCUGUAUCACAAAACUCAAACAAAUCAAUUCGUGAACGAUCUAGAUCACAAAGUUCAAAUAAAUCAAUUCGUGAAAGAUCCAGAUCACACAGUUCAAACAAAUCAAUUCGUGAACGAUCAAGAUCACAGAGUUCUAAUAAAUCAAUUCGUGAACGAUCUAGAUCACAUAGUUCAAAUAAAUCGGUUUCAAGUUUGAAUCGAAAUCGUCCAGCGUCUCCAAGUUCUCGUCCAAUGUCCCCAAGCUCACGACCUAUGUCACCAAAUUCAAAUAAAUCGAUUAGCCGACAACAGUCAAGGUCACCAAGUUCGGAUCGUGGCUCUAUUUUGUCUGCAGAAACGAUGAGAAGAUCUCGUUCGGGGGAUAGUGAUAAAUCUAGAUCGAGCCGAUCACAAAAAUCAAGACAGGAUGACGAUGGUAAUUCCUCGGAUUCGAGUGCAUCAAGUCGCGGAUCAAAACGACAUAAAUCAUUUUCAUCAAAUGUGUCUGCGGCAGUGCCUUUAGAAUCUCAAGCUGAAGAAAUUUCUGAUGGUGAAAUGGAAUUGGAUGCUGGAAAAGAUUCUGAUAAUGAAGCUGAAAAUAAAAAAGCAAGCGUUGAUAACAACAUUCAGAUAUCGCAUGAAGAUUUGUCUGACGUAUCAGAUUUGGAUUCUUUGGGUGCACAAUCGGAAGAUGAAGAUGAUAAACCGUCAUCUCCAGCGAAAAAAGAUGAUGAAACCAUUUCUAUAAAAUCAUCUAAAUCACCGAAUGUUCCAACCGAUUUAAGACAGAAAUUAGAUGAAGCUAAAAAUAGAAAAUCGGUUGAACAACAACCUGUUAAGCUUCCAGAAAAAACAAGUAAAACUGAGGACUGUGAAGAAGCAUUAGAUUUUGAGGCUGAAGAUGGAGAAUGUGUUGAAGAACCACCUAAAGAGGAUGCAAAUAAUGGCGAUGCUGUUGAAAACGGGGAAAUCUGUGAUGAACAAACUGAGGCUGAAAAAAAGAAAGCCGAGGAAGAUUUAGAAGAAGGUGAAGUGACAGAUGAUGAAGAAACUCGCCCCGAAGAAACCGAACCGCGACCAGUGUGUCGAUUUUACUCACGUGGACAAUGUACGUGGGGUGCAAGUUGUCGAUUCUUGCAUCCAGGCGUUACAGACAAAGGAAACUAUACAAUGUUCGAAAUGAUACGACCAGUAGUACCUGGUCCACCUCCGUUUGGAGCAGAUUUUCGCGAUGAACGACCUGCUCCAUUUGGACAUCCAUUAGCACGUGCAGAACCACCUCCAGCUGAAUCUGCUUGGGAGCGUGGAUUACGUACAGCAAAAGAAAUGGUACGACGUGCUAUUAAACGAAAAGAGCAAGAUAUGGACUUCGAGGAGAAAAAAAUGAAUUUAACAUUAUCGCAAGAUGAAUUAGAUAAAGAAAAUGGAUAUUACACACGUGCCGCAAGUCCUGUUCUAGUUGAACCGUCCCCACCACCACCAGUAAAACAUUAUGUGAGACACGCUCCCCCGCCUGCUGUCCCACACGAUCCAUACUAUCCACCCCCACAACCUAGGCAUACAGAUGAAUACUAUCGCCGAAUACAUCAUUAUGAACCACCUGCACCUGUUGUUCCCGUUCGACAAGUUCGUAUAGAACCAGAUUAUGAAGCCCCACCACCACGAGAACGAGCUCAUGGAGGCUAUCGUGAAUUACCUACACAUAGAAUGCCUGACUAUUAUAAUGAUAAAUAUGAAGAACGAACUGUAACCGUGAGCAGUGGACACAAGCGUCCACAUCGACCAAAACGAGAAGUAAUUGUUCAACGAGUAGAAUCAGGUCCUCCACCAGGACGAGGAGACGAAUGGGCUGAUCCUUGGAUGCGUUCUAAAUCACCAGGACAACGAACAGGUGCUGGAAGAUCGGGUGGUGCUCGUAGACAAUCCUACAGUUCAGGGUCAAGUUAUUCAUCAUCAAGUUCAUCACGUAGUUCAUCGGCGUCAAGUAGGAGUUCAUACAGACGACGUAGUCAUCGAUCACAUUCAAGAUCUAGAUCUGGAUCACCGCGUAUUCCACGUAGACGUCCUGCUGUCCCUGCCAGUCCAAAUCAAGUAUAUCGUCGAGGUGGUCCCGCCGGUGACCAAGGUAGACGUCGUGGCCGUGGUGUUGUAUCACCAAGUGUGAUUGUUUCUGAACGCAAAGCUGCGCAUGAAAGAGCAUCUCUAAUGAAUCCACCAGCCCCCUCACCACGAAAAGCACAUAAAGACAUUAGGCCUCCAUCGCCGGGAAUGAUGCGCACUAGCGCACAAAAUCCUCCAGCGCCAGUGAAGAUGCCUGGAACUGACCAAUUUGGUCGUACAACAAAACGGGAAGUAGAUCGUAUAACUUCGGAACGGCGUAACCUAGAUCCAGAUCGUAAAAAAAUCGUAGUGGCAGCUGCAUUAGCGGCACGUGUUAAAGGGCGUGUAAAUCGUUCGUCACGUUCCAGUAGUGGUUCAGAUAGCUCGAGUUCAAGUGGUUCAGAUUCUGAAUCUAGUUAUUCAAGUAGCACAUCAAGUCGUGAUGAUGGUGGUGCAGCAAAUAAACGUAAAAUUUCUGCUGAUAGUCGUAUGGAGUUGGCUGCCAUUGCAUUAAAAGCAAAAGCAAUUGAUGCGCUUAAAGGAGAACGAGCUGCAUUAGAAUCAAAGAAACGACCGGCAACAUCUCCACCAACCGGUGAUGGACCUACCGCUGCUAAAGUAGCAGCACUUAGUAAAACUGGAACAGGAACUUCAGCCAGUGGUGCAGGUGCUGGUGGUGGUAAAAAAGCAACAUCUAGACGUGAAGAAUUAUUAAAACAAUUGAAGGCAGUUGAAGAUGCGAUAGCCAAAAAGCGAUCAAAAAUCAAUUAAA